ACAGCUUCUAUAUUUUUGGCUAGGACGUUUUAGUAAAUAAAAAUCUAUAGAAGCGAACCGUUUUUUUUAUCAGGCUGUGUAGCAUUCGAAAUACUAGUUUCCAGUGUCCUAAAGCAGCACAAUGGCGCCCAAGCUUGUUCCGAAGUGUAAUCACUGCCAGAAUAGUACGUCGGAUAAAUGGUUCACAGUGGACAAGGGAAUCGUUCUUUGCUCAUUGUGUUAUGAGAAGCACGAUAAAGAACAACAGGAGCUUGAGAAUGAACUUAAAGCCAUCCAAACCGAACCGAUCAAAAAAGAAUCCGUGGUCACUGUAGUCGAAGAUGUAUCAACAUCUUCCCCCGAGGAAGCUAAACCGCAGAUAGAUCCAAAAGAAGAUGAAAAAACGGAUGAACCUCAGGGUGAGGAUGCUAAAGAGGAAGCGGCUACUGAUGAUAAAGAUGAAAAGGAUUCCAAUGCCGAUAGUAAGGAAAAACCGAUGCCUUCAUUGAGUCCUAGGAAACUUCGGAAGAAUGUACGCAGUGCACGUAAAGGUGGUGGUGGUGCGUCUGGUGGGAAUGGUAACAAGUCCGGUCGCUCGAGGAGAUUUAUCUUUAAAAAGAAUCCAAUGAAAGCUCCAGCAAUUACAGUGACGACGCGAACCGUAGAUACACUGUUCCAUAAUAACAUAUACUACCAGCUAGGGGAUAUCGUUUCUAUGAUGGAUGCCAAAGAUAAUAUUUACUACGCACAGAUUCACGGUCUCCAAAUAGAUUCCUACUGUGAGAAGUCGGCCUACAUCACCUGGUUGAUCCCGACAACUUCCAGUCCACCACCAAACGAGCGCUUUGAUCCGGCAACUUAUCUCAUAGGACCGGAAGAAGACUUACCGCGAAAGCUCAGCUGUAUGGACUUUGUGAUGCAUGCACCAAGCAACUACUAUCUGGAUCGGCAUAAUCCAUACCCCCGGCCGGAUACAUGGGGACCGGAGAAUACCUCCCAGGAAGAUAACUCCAACUACGUUUGGGCAAACAUUUCUCAUUUGUAUCAAUGCUAAUCACAUUGUCUAUUCAAUCACCUAUCACUUUGAAUAUUUUCCU